AUGAAUUUAGCUCUGAACCUUCCUUUGUAUAGCGGCUUCGAUGAUUAUGGUCCGCCAUUGAACUGCAAUGUGGAGUUGAAGAACAAAGAUUUGUGGAGACGAUUCCAUGUUCACGAGACUGAGAUGAUCAUUACUAAGACUGGACGGCGAAUGUUUCCUUCUCUCCAAUUGGAUAUCAAGGACCUGUCUCCGAACACCCUUUACAGCGUAAUUCUUGAGUUGGAACCAGCUUGCAGAAACCGCUUCAAGUACUCAGCAUCAGGUGGUUGGCUGCCAUCUGGCUCAGAAGAGGCACUUAGCCCCCAGCGAUACUACAUCCACCCGGAGUCCCCUGCCCGCGGCGACUAUUGGAUGGCGCAGCCCCUUUCUUUCAGCAGAUUGAAGCUAACCAAUACUUUUGCUCCUCCAGCUGGGCAAGUGGUAUUAUCGUCGAUGCAUAAGUACCAGCCCAAGAUAAUUAUAGCACAGGCUGGUGAUGUACGUGAGUUGAGUUGGGCACCUAGAGCUAUUCUUAGGUUUCCCGAAACUCAAUUUAUUGCUGUAACCGCUUAUCAAAACGAGAGGAUCACCAGACUAAAGAUCGACUACAAUCCUUUCGCUAAAGGGUUUAGAGAAAACGGCCAGGCCAAAUAUAAGAGAAAGAAGGCGAGGCAAGCAACGGUUGUAAACGAGGAAGAGGAAGUAAUAAAUGUUGAUGAUACAGUUGUCUCUAAUACGAAUGAGAGAUUAUCGCCUGCAUCAUCCGUUUCUACUUGUUCAACACAAGCACAACCAAAUCCAGACUGUGCUUAUGAUAUACUAUCUCCACCAGUUGCCACUUCAACGCCAUCUCCAGUUUAUGUGCCACCAUUUGAAUACAGACCUAUACUACCUCCGCAACCAAUGUACCGGUAUAACUAUUACCAACCUUAUCCAGUUUAUAUGCCUCCUAUGCCAGCUAUGCCUCCUAUGCCAGCUAUGCCACCCAUGCCUGUUAUGCCUCAUAUGCCUACUAUGUGGUCGUCUAAUCCUGUUUUGUUUCCACCAAUGGUGCCACUUCCAGGUUACGUUCCACUAAAUCUUGUAUCUCCAACGACAUCAUCGUCACAACCUUCACCGACGCAACCUGAUGCCAUGCAUUUUGAAGCAAUGUAUCCUGAGUCAAGCCAAUCAGAGUCAAGUCAACUUACAUCAAGUCAAUCUGGAUCAAGUCAAUAUGGAUCAAGUCAAUAUGGAUCAAGUCCAUCUGGAUCAAGUCAAUAUGGAUCAAGUCAAUAUGGAUCAAGUCAAUCUGGAUCAAGUCAAUCUGGAUCAAGUCAAUCUGGAUCAAGUCAAUAUGAUGUAAGACAAUCAGAUGAAAGCCAACUGGAGUCAAGUCAUCAAGUGAUGCAAGUUGAAGCAAGUCAAUAUAGAGCGAGGCAACCUGAAGUGAGGCCACCUGUACCUGCGCGACCUCAAAACAAGCUAACUGACUUUUCGAUACGCGCCAUUACAGGUUGUGAGUAA